CAAUUAAGACCAAAGUUCAAGCAGAAUGGCUAAAACUUAAAUAUAGUAAUGAAAAAUACCAUCACAUUAUAAAUUAAAAUAACAAUACUCUUUACGGGUCCCAUGUUAAAAAGUUUAUUUCGGCCGCCUGCUUUGUCGUCUCUCUCGCCUCCGUCCACCACCGUCGUUCUUUUCUGUUCGACUCCCACCCCCCUUAAAUUCUCUCUCUCUUUAACUCUCACAUUCUUUACUUCCCUCUUUUUUUAUAUCAUUUGAGCGCUGAAAAACCUCUGAAAUACCGAGGAAUUUACUGGGUUUUUUUGGGAUCGGUAUGUUCGGUCAAAAGGCCGAUCCAUCUGAAGAACACUUGCAGGUUUUAGGGUUCUAAACUGUUCGUCUGAAUUUCCAGAAGAAAGUUAAGGAAAACAGCGAAGGAGAUUCAAACAAGUUUUGUGUUCUUCAUGGCUGGUAGUAACGAAAUCAACGCAAAUGAAGCCAAGAAAGUUGUACCACUUCACACAUGGAUUUUAAUCUCCAACUUUAAGCUAGCUUACAACAUGCUCCGGCGACCGGACGGGACAUUCAACCGGGAGCUCGCCGAGUUUCUUGACCGGAAAGUGCUUGCGAAUACGGUUCCAGUGGAUGGUGUUUACUCUUUUGAUGUGAUUGACCGUACCACUGGUCUCUUCAACCGGAUUUACAGAUGCGCUCCACCGGAAAAUGAGUCUAGUCGGCAUCCCGGUGCCGGAAUGAUAGAGCUGGAGAAACCGCUUAGUACUACUGAAAUCGUGCCGGUUAUAAUAUUCUUUCAUGGUGGAAGCUUCACUCAUUCGUCUGCUAACAGUGCUAUAUAUGAUACAUUUUGCCGGCGACUCACCGGGCUUAUUCAAGGUGUUGUCGUUUCUGUAAACUACCGGCGGUCACCGGAGCAUCGGUAUCCUUGUGCUUACGAAGAUGGGUGGGAAGCUCUUAAAUGGGUCCAUUCAAGAUCAUGGCUUUUGAGUGGUAAAGACUCUAAAGUCCAUGUUUAUUUAGCCGGUGACAGCUCCGGCGGGAAUAUAGCUCAUCAUGUGGCUCACCGGGCGGCGGUUUCCGGCGUGGAGGUUCUCGGAAACAUACUCUUACACCCGUUGUUUGGCGGCGAAGAAAGGACGGAGUCGGAGAAGAAAUUAGACGGAAAAUAUUUCGUCAAGUUACUCGACAGAGACUGGUAUUGGAGAGCAUUUUUGCCCGAAGGUGAAGACAGAGAUCAUCCUGCUUGUAAUAUUUUUGGUCCUCGUGGCUCUAAUCUCGCCGGCGUUAACUUCCCAAAAAGUCUGGUCGUCGUCGCCGGACUGGAUCUUGUUCAAGACUGGCAAUUGGCGUACGUUGAAGGGCUGCAGAAAGCAGGGCAAGACGUGAAGCUCUUGUUCUUGGAAAAAGCCACAAUCGGAUUCUACUUCUUGCCAAACAACGAGCAUUUUUACACAUUAAUGGAAGAAAUGAAGAACUUCGUGAGUCCUUCUCCGGUUUGUUCGUUGGAGAAAACCCAGAAAGAUUAAAACUUCCGGCGAAGGAAGAAGGCAUAUAUAACACGAUCUUUUGAAAUUUUUACUAAUAGUACUAGUACCACUAUUCUCUAAUUUCCAGUGAAAUCAUGAGAGAGGACACAUGUGUAAAUCGGUUAUUGGUUCCUGUUCUUGUUCUUGUUUCUGUUGUUGGUUUCAAAUUGGGAUUUCAUGGUAAGAAAUCCGUUGCAAAAUUAGAGGCCUUACUGCGAACUACCCCGAUAGGGUUUUUGAUGAUUGUUAAUGGAAGCUAACUUUGAACUUUGAAGAACUACGAUGUAGGCAUCCAAUCCAUGGCUGCUGUGCUUGCCGUUUGUAAUAUUAUGACUAAAGCGUUAUCUACUUUUAAUGAUCUAUUACAAGUACAUAUACGUUCGUUCUUUAAUCUUGUAUCGUUGCUUGAAACGGGUCGAUUUCUGAGGGAUAUUUAUGGUGUUUGUCUGUUGUGAAAGGAUGGUUGUUUGUGGGUGCUAUGGCGGGGUUGGUGGAGCAUGGCGAAUCAAGAAGAAAAGAGGUGAAAUGAUUGGGGAAAUGGGGACAAGUUUGAGGUUGGAAAUCUCUCCCUCUCUAUCAUGUAGUAUUGUCUUUUUCUUCAAGGGCUAUAAUUGGUAAUAUUGCAAACGUUCAGGGGGUAUGGUAAACAUCCCCUUUUACAAAUCUAUAUUCCCCUCUCUCUCUCUCUCAUGUAGUUUUGUCUUUUUCUUCCAAGGAUUAUAGUUGGUAAUAUUGUAAACGUUAAGGGGGAUGAUCUGACCAUUUUACAAAUCCAUUAUUCGUCUUUCUAGUUUCCUGACUGGUUGGACACUAUCUAACUUCUCAUUCAAUUAUAAUAGACUUUUUAUUUUA